AUGGAGUUCCAUCGAUCAACCCUUAUCAAUCCUCUAAACUGUCUUCCUGCCGAAAUUUCACUCAAGAUCUUCUUCUACUCGGCAACGUCAGAACCGCAAGCAUUGAUCAAUUUGUUACUGGUCAAUCAUCAGUUCUAUGAGUUCUGCAAGGCUCAUGAAGAGACUCUUGUUCGAGGAGUUUGCUAUCACACGGGGAAUCGGCUGGAUUGGUCGUUGGUACUGAAGGACAAUCCUACUUUUGGGGCGCUUUUGAAUCUAAAAAGGGAGACAACCGUCUUCAAAUCGAUCGAAAUGGAGUUACGCCGGCGAGACUCCGACAAGACAAUCCUCACACAUGGCAUAUUUGGCAAAAUCCGGAAUUCAACCAUUGACGGCCACCCUCUUUACCCGGGAUUUCUCUUGCUCCACCGUAUUGCCAAUUUGAGGGAGCAAAUAGAAAAGAAGAUUCUCAUUCAUAACCUCCCUUUGGAGUUUUGGGCAAUGUCCACGGUUUUCCAUGAGUACAUUCAACAAUUUAUCUCCCUUGCAACCAACGAAGUAUUGGCAACUCAUACAUAUGGCGAUCAUGGUAAUUCCAUAGACGGUUAUCUGUGGUCUGAAAUAAGGAGUUUCCUUGUCGAACUGAGCUUAUUAUGUCCGAGAGCGGCAAGAGACUUUCUUUUGCGGCCGGAGACUUCGCGCCAUUUCACGGAUCCUGCUGAGACCCAGCGCUGGGCUAGAGCCUUCGCAGCUAAGUACACCAAUAUCACGGAGGCCAACACGAUCAUUGAGUAUCACUUUCAAAGAGCAUCUAACAGGUCUUCAGAACGGGUAGAACCAGAGCGGCCUAUCUCAGAAUGUUUGAGACUAAUACCCGAUGCCCGAUUAGACAAUGCUACUAUAGACUUUGCUCGACAAGGGUUCUGUCAGCGACAUGUCGCGGAAGAUGUUCUCCAGUUCAGUGGUCUGAUAUCGGCGGCUGAGAAGGAGAACGCAGCUAACUCUCAGAAACUCCACAAGAACCCUUCAACGACAUUCCGAAAUCCAUCCCAACAUCGAUUCUCAUCAUCAAAACCGUCCUAUCUCGCAUUUCUCGGUCGCCUGUUUCCACAAAAAGGUGCGCUUACGUGUUCCGCACCUCCGCGUUGGCGGGCAGACAGCUUGGAGUUUGCUGGAAAGAUCGAGGACAGUCACAUAAGCUUUCCUACCAUGAGAAAGUCAAGCCCCGUAUCUGAACGGCAUGACGUUGUCUAUAACCGGCGCAAUCGCCGCGCGUCGUCUGGAUUAGGGUCCGCCAAUUCGACGCCAUCUCGACAGGAAAUCGAUCAUAGUUUUCUCCGAAUUGUAUCCGACAUCGAGAGGAUUCAGACUGGCGUUUCGGCGGCGUUUCAGUGGUUGCUAGAUACUGGAGGCUUUUCGUGGUCGGUAUAG